CUGACGCCUUCCUUAUCCCCCACGCGGCGAAACAAACAAAACCCUUCCUCCCUGCCCAACCCGCUGCAGCUUUUCGAAUUAUGGCAGCUGCCGCCGCCGCGGCCGGAGCUGCGUCGGCCGCCGUCGCUGCUAACCAAGACCCCAUGAACGCGCUCAGCGCAGCCGCCCUCCGUCGCUCCGCGCCGCACUGGUCCGCGGCCGCCGCGGCCGCGUCCUUCUUCUCCCCGCCCUUCCGCCCCCGCCGCUGCCACAUUCGCCGCGCGCCUGCUCCAGCUCCCGCAGCGGCCGCGCGUACCCCGAGGUCCCGCGCGAGCGCCAAGGCCCGGGCGAAGCUCUUGGUGGGGGCCGAGCCCCGGGACCCCUGGCUCGCCUCCCUCUCGCUGCUCCCGGCCGAUGACAACGCCGGUGCGGACGCCGCCCCCAAUGGUUGGGCGAUUGGGGUGGAUCCUGACACCGGCGGUGCCAUCGCCGUCGUGUCUCCGGACGGCUCCUCUCAGGUGUUCGACAACCCGUUCGUGCACAUUGUGGUGUCAGAGGUCAUCCGGAAGCGCCUUGACACCAAGUCCAUCAUCGAGCUGCUUCGCAGGCUUGAUGCACCUCCUGGAACUACGGCAUACAUUGAGAAGUCUAGUCCAUUUCCAACUGAUGGAAAGCUGGGAUGGUGGAGUACAGGUUUUUCAUAUGGCUUGUGGAUUGCUUCUCUAGUGGCAUCUGGGUUUUCAGUUGUUCCGGUUGCAUCGCAGACAUGGAAAGCUUAUUUUGGGCUAUCUCGAAGUGAGUCGCCAAAGGAUGAUAGCAGACAAGCUGCAUCCAUUUUGUUCCCUGACAAAGCUCUAUCCCUGAAGUUGAAAAAACAUCAUGGGCGAGCAGAGGCUCUUCUGUUAGCAGCCUAUGGGAAAGGCCUUGUGCUACCAUCAGGGAAGUUCAGCAAAACCCCAACUUGACAUGAACUGCAACAGAGAUCGUAGCUGACACAUUCAACUUUUGUGGGAUGCAUUAGAUACUUCCCAUUGUAUUUUGAGUGUAACAGGCUAGGGUAGAUGAGACAUGAUUUUUUUUUGACAUGUACUGAUCCCAAGUUGAUAGGAACCGAGGUUUCACUCGUUUGCUGA